UUGUAUGAAUUAUUCUAAUGGUUUGGGGGGGGGGGGUUGAUUAAAAAUAGAUAUUUUCCUCUUGCAGUUUUGUAUAAGGAGCUUUCUUGUCACACGAGACUAAUGAAACACUCAUCAGCACGUCUUUACAUUACAGAAAUGUUUCUGUGACCCCUCAGUUCAGAUGAAACGACGAAGGCCUGAUCUGAAGUUGAAAGAGUCCUGUAAUUAAUCUGCUUUGGUAUUUAUUUGAUUUUCAAUCUUUUUAAAGCAGCAAUAACAAUAAUGAUUAUAAUAAAAAAAGAAGCUAUGAACCACAUCUGAUGAGAAUGAAAAUAUACCCUGGAGUUGUGGUGCUUCAGUGGGCCUCAUUAGAAGAAACCUACAAAGCCUGCUCCUCUCGUUUACUUAUCACCAUCAUCAUUUUCAUCGUCACUCCCAGUGUUUAUACUGCACGCGCUCAAAUUGGCGCUCAAAGAAGGACUCGAGUUAAGGCCUCAAAGCGAGUCAUGGCGGAGUGACUUCAUUUUGACAGUUUGAAUUCAUUCAGCCAAAGACACUGUAAAUGAUCAUAUUACACAAUGACAUUUGACCGCGGCAUGGACAUAAAAGCGUGGACAACCACACUGUGAACAGAAUUUGAAUUUGAUUUUGUGAUUUUAAAAUGAUUUCAGAUCAUGUCAGAGGCCUGGAAUUUUCCCAUCUGUUUUCUGACGGGAGACAGUUUGCAUCACCUUGUGGACUCCUACAGUAUAUGAAGGAUACAGGCUGCACUGUGCCGAUAAGAGGCCACUGUCUUCUUUCAGGCACAAAGCCUCCAUUCAUAUGACUUUGCUUUGUCUCUCUGGGACACAUGACCCAGUCUGACCAUCCGGUACUCCUGUAGCUAAAAGAACUCCGUCUGGUUUCUGGCUCACUACUGGUCAUUCUGAAUGUGAGAGGACUGACACCAAUGCGAUAUUAAAGCUGCGUAUGGGCUCAUAGAUCUAACUUUGGUGUCGCAGUUUAAUGGAAAAACGAAGGUGAAGCAACAAUUUUCUAGAGAUGUUUGAAGCAAAAUCAUAAAAUCAUCGUCUACUACACUGUCAGAGACGACAACGCCGAGAAGUUUUGCGAAUAUGAAUGUCUUUUCAAAUCGGUGAUGACAAACGUGAUUAUAUUCCAGAUCUCGUCCAGACUUUGAGAUUUAGUGACUUGAACAAUAAAAAGCUUUUUUUUUUUUUUUUUCCUGCAGCUGAGACAACAUCUGGCCGAUCUCUCCAUAUGAGUGUAAUUUUACUCAACGACAUAGUUUACCCAUCAAAAACCACAACCCUUUCAUCUGAUGCCGCCUCGGGGCCUGUACACAAACCCCGAGAGAAGCUGCAGCCAUCAGCCCUCACAGUGGCCUGCACGGUUCCGCUCCACAGACGUUACCUCCACAAGAUGUCGCCACCAGCAAAACCUUGAAACGGUGCCAAUUUUUUUUUUUUUGCACAAAGACCCUGCAGGUUAAAAUGAAGUGAACCUACUCAUCCUCAGUGGAUUAAUCAUUGAUGAAAGCUGGUGACGCAUUCCAGUUUGUAUUCAUCUACAUUAUUAGCGGCUGUUGAGACACAGCUUCCCCCUGCUGUGGGUUUCUUCGGGGCUGGAAAAGCCUCCCAGCAGACUACAUUGGAUUUUGCCUUCCAGAUGUGAGGGGACUGUGCGCUGCACCAUCCCGCCACUAGAUGAAGCCCAAACACAGAAGCACACGGACUUUUUAUUUUUAAUUCUAUAUUCUCUCUUUUUUAAUCUCCUCUUUUUUUAGUUAUAACCUUUCUGAAACGACCUCAACAGGAUCAGCUGGCUCUGAUACUCAGUGAUAUAGACUCAGACUAAUUUUUGUUUAAUUUACUUUUGCAAAUUUAAAUGAAGGAGAGAAAAAAACACGGUUUAAGAGUAUUAAACAUUUUGGCUAAGUACAGCCUAACUAAUAACUUAACUGGUGGUAUGAUAAACUGCUGAGAGACUUUUAAAGUGGGUGAAUUAUUGUGCAAACAGGCGCGCUGAUGUUAACAGAUGGCUGAAGGCUUUCAACAUCAUUGUCUCUUUAUAGAGGAAAGACAAAGACCUGUAGAGGCCAGCAGUCCCCAACAACUGGAUCAGCUCUAAUUAGAAAAUGAGAGAGAACGAGAGAGAGAGAGAGAGAGAGCGAGAGAGAGAGAGCAUAUAGUGAAGCUGAACCACACAAGGUGCAGCAGAGCGCUUGUAGCGACUGUCGAUAUCUCCCAGGCAAACUUGUUUUUUGUAGCCAUGCGCUGCCGUCCACUUCUGUCUGCGUUUUUCUCUCUGUGUGGGUGAGAUGUUGCCAAAUGCGACCGUUCUGCUGUGUUUUCUGGCUCUUCAGUUACGGCACUGUGCGGCUGAUCUGUGCAGCUGGACUGGAAGCGGUUUUGCAGCUGCUGUGGACUCCAGAAUCGUGCUCCAGGUGCGGCUGCGCUGUACAGAGGGCUCGGUGAGGUGGGUCUACCCGGGCCAGGCUGUCAGAGUGGUUCUGGAGCCCAACCUGUCCUCCAACCUGCGCACCACCGUCUGCAUCAAACCAUCUCCCUCUUUCCGCGGAGCCAGCGUGUUCAUCGAACGGGCCGGAAAGCUGGAGCUGCUGGUGACUGAUGGCGAGCGGCCGCGGCAGGUGUUCUGUUUCCGGGCAGAUGGACCGCACAGGCCCGCUCUCUACCUCCAAGCCAGCCCGCAGAGGGAAGGACACUGGAGCAGACGCACGAUGGGCUUUAGAUAUGAGCUGUUGGGCAACAGGAGUGCUGUGCCCGACUUGGGCCACAGCGGGCUGCAGACUUCUUGUCGACCCUGCAAUGAUACAGAACUCCUGAUGGCAAUCUGCAACAGUGACUUUGUGGUCCGAGGCUACAUCAAGAAUGUCACCCACAGCCCUGAAAGUCAGACAUCAUUGGUGGAGGUGACAGCGGUGAGGGUGUACUGGCAGCGCAGUAGAGUGUUUGAGCAACAAGUGGCUCCGGGGACAUCUCAAUCCAUCCUAUCUUGGCAUGGACACAUCCACACACUCCUACGGUGUCACGUGAAGCCCGGGGAUGGACAGUUUCUCUUCACAGGGUCAGAACACUUUGGGGAAGCUUGGUUAGGGUGUGCCCCGCGAUACAAAGACUUCCUGUCUGUCUACCAGACUGCCCGGGCGGCACGUCGGAAUUCCUGUGACUUCCCUUCAGACUGAGGAAGUGUGUUGUUUUGGUGGCACUGAGCCCUACAGUUUUCAUCCACAGGCAUUCUCACCCCUGUACCGGCACUGUGGGAUCCCUGUAAUGUUUUAAUGUGCCUUCAAGGUGGCGUCCAGUAUCACCAGCAGGGAGAAAGCUACUGAACUUCUGGUGAAAAACACAUUUGGAGGAGCAGAACAGGGGCAAACAGCAGGGGCCUCCUGCACUGAGGCUCAGGGAGGACUAGCCUUUGUCUCUUUCCCAUCACUGCCCUCGGUCCUGGGAGACUGAGAAGGGGUUGGGUUGCUGCUCCCUCUUUGUGCUUCUCCCCACAUCGACUGUUGUUCACUUUGCUGGCUCAGUGUGACAGUUGCCCUCUGAACUGAGGCGGGAGGGUAGAAUGAAGGGCCGCCAUUUAUAAUCACCAGUUUGUCUUAGUGAGUAGACUUGAACAUAUAUGACUGUGGAGUUAUUUUCAUUCGGAUUCAUCUGUGCUGAAGUUUCAAAUCCUCUUUGUUUUGUCUAUUUAUACUCUGUGUUGUUGAAAAAUAAAUAAUUUCAAGAUUCCUCCACAUAUCUUUCUUUAUUCAAAGGAUGAUUUGCCACAUUGUCCAGUUCUAGUAAAAAUAAUAUUUUUCUUUGUUUUAAGACUCAUUUACUCCGAUGUCUGUUCAGCUUUCAUGGUACAGUUGUUUAAGCUUUCAUUUGAUCUUAAAUUCUUUAGGUAUUGAGAUGAGCCAAAGAAACAUUUGGUAGAAGUUUAUAUUUGACUGGAUUCAAUAAAUCCUCUAGGUCUUUCACUUUUAUUGUCGAGAUCAAAUGCUUUAACUCUGCCAAGCGUCCUUGAAAAAGUGAAAGGUGUUUUAUUUUUAUGUGUUGUAAAUCACGGUGAAAAUAGACUCUUUUGGCUGCUGCAGCCAAAUAUCUAAAGCAGUGGUUGUUUUAAUAUAUGUUAGAUUGAUAAACAUUCAUAAAGGCAUGUAAUUUUUGAAAAGUACAAUUUUGGUUUUGUUAUCUACAAUAAAGAAAAAUUCAAAAUUUGAA